AUGGCCAAUUCACUUCCUCCCACCGAGGCCCCCACUCACAUUCGAAUCCUGACUCUCAACUGCUGGGGGCUGGCUCUGGCCGACACACCCCCUGAGAUUGUAGGUCUGCAGGAAUGCUGGACCCAGCAAGACUACCAGAGCAUUCGUGACCAGACGCAACACAUUCUCCCGUAUGGAAAAUUCUAUUUCGGCGGCAUCUUCGGGGCCGGAUUGGCCAUCUUGUCGAAAUGGCCGAUCGAGGAGAGCAGCAUGUACGGGUAUCCACUGAACGGACGACCCACGGCUUUCUUCCGCGGCGACUGGUACGUUGGCAAGGGAGUCGCUUGUGCUCGAGUGCGCUUUGGACCAGGAUCGGCCGAUGUGGCCGAGGUCUUUUGUACGCAUCUGCAUGCGCCGUACGAGCGAGAACCGAACGACUCCUAUUUGUGUCACCGGACUGCGCAGGCUUGGGAGAUUUCGAAACUGAUGCGCGGUGCUGCGGAGCGCGGGCACCUCGUCAUUGGCCUGGGAGACUUCAAUAUGAUCCCCUCGUCUUUUGCGCACAAGUUGAUUACUUCGCAAAGUCCUGUUCGUGACGUGUGGCGAGAACUACACCCUGAUUCAUCCGUGGGGGCUGCGAUAGACCCUUCGGAACAGGCGCGGAAGAAGCCCGUUCCAUCAGCAGAGUACAAUCUCACAGAGAACUGCGCUACGUGCGAUGGUCCCUUCAACACAUGGCGCUGGCCCAAGGAGAAACAAAAACAGCUGUUCAAGGGUCACGAAUCACCCGUCGAUAAGGAUGGUCCCGAUACCCACGGCAAACGACUGGACUACAUCUUCGUCGGGGACGGUGGCUAUGCUCCGGAUUUCCCUCCGCCCCGAUGGUCGGUCGAAUCUGCACAGGUCAGCAUGACGCAGCGCCAUCCCACCCUGCGCUGCUCACUGAGUGAUCACUUUGGCGUCGAGGCUGUAAUCACCCGAACACCUGCUGGACGAGAACACUCCUCUGCCCCGCCUCCUCUCGACGACACGCACCCUUCGCCCGACUCACCUCCUCUGAAAAAGACCACGUCUACGUCCCUGGCCCCCAACGCCGCUCUGUCCCCCGAAACCUACGAUGUCAUCCUCGAGAUGAUUCACACGUAUGUACUCCGCGAGCGAUCCCAACGUCGCUGGCGAAUGGCCCACUUCAUCACCUCGAUAUUUGUCUCGAUAGGGUGCAUGAUUGGUGUGUGGUGGGUCGGUAGCCGUACAUAUAUCGGAUUUAUCCUGAUUCUGGUGAGCACGUUGAACUUUGCCGCUGGAAUCCUGGAUGGGCUAAUUGGGGGCUGUUCAUGUCUGGUGAGCUUCGUGCUCUAA